AUGCUGCCGAAUCUGGACGCUCUAGAGGCGUCGCUGCUCAAUACGAGCGGCGACGUGAAGCUCGAUGCGCGUUUCCGUACGUUAUUCACCCUCAAGGGUCUUGCGUCGCUCUCCGAGGACCGCCUGGAGCGCGUGAUUGAGAUCAUCUCCAAAGGCUUUGCCGACGACUCGGCGCUGCUCAAGCAUGAGAUGGCCUAUGUGCUCGGCCAGCUGAAGGACACGCGCGCGCUGCCGUGCCUGAACAAGGUACUUUCCGAUGAAAAAGAGCACGCGAUGGUGCGCCACGAGGCCGCCGAGGCCAUGGGCGCGAUUUCGUCUCCGGACGCGCUUCCGGUGCUCAACCAAUACCUGCACGACCCUGACGUGUCGGUGCGCGAGACGUGCCACCUCGCGAUCAACAAAAUUCAGCUGGAUAACUCGGACACGGGCAAGGCCGAGCAACAGGUCAAAGAACAGCGCGACAAGGCGCACGGCGACGCGAUCGACGCUGCCGCUCGUGCCGCCGCACCGAUCGACCCUGCGCCUGCGAUUGUCCACGUCCCGGACGAGGCUACGCCGGAGGAAAAUGUGUACACGCUCAAGAACGUGCCGCACUUCCGCGCGACGCUGCUGGACAGCAGCCUCCCCCUCUUUGAGCGCUACCGCGCGAUGUUUGCCCUGCGCAACACCGUGCAGCAGGGCGGCAAGGAGGCCGAGGCCCCGGCCGUGCACGCGCUUGCCGACGGCCUGCAGGACGGCAGCGCACUCUUCCGCCACGAGAUCUGCUUCGUGUUCGGCGAACUGUGCCACCCCGCAUCGGUUCCGGCCAUGUCCAAAGUGCUGGACGACAGUGCAGAGCACGAGAUGGUGCGGCACGAGGCCGCCGAGGCGCUCGGCGGUGUGCUGGAAGAGGCGGACGGCGAUGACGAGUCGGCGCAGGCCACCGUCGUUGCGACGCUCAGGCGCUGGGCCGAGGACCUCGCGGCCCCCCGCGUGGUGCGGGAGAGCUGCAUUGUGGCCCUCGACGAGAUUGCAUACAACAACGACCCCACGCAGUUCCAGCCGAUGGACUCGGUUGCGUAA